AUGGAUGAAGAUCAAGAUUUCGCAGUCAGGCCAGGUCUUGAACUGGAUGGCACCGAAGAAGAGAAAGGCUGGAAAUUCUACAUCGGGUCGAUCUGCAACCGCCGGACCACUAAUGACAUAGUGUCUGACAUGUGGCGUCAAGGGGAGAAAGGCUGGACCAAAGAUAUCCCCGACCUCCUAAGGAAAACAAUGGACGCGGAGCGUGUUGUAACGUCAUGGUACCAAAUCUCGCUAGCCGGGAUCCAAUCCCAAAAAGACCAAACCCAAAAAGACAACCCAGAUCUGAGGUUCUUCUUCCGCGGACGGUACCACAUGGCACUGGAGAGGAUCUACCGACCAGCAUUCUACCUGGCAAUGCACUUCCAGGGAAUGCCAACAUUCAUCAGGAAGAACAACCAAAUGUGGGCAGAAGUGUUCCACCUAGCCCAAAAGGCCAUUGACAACUGCGUCACUCUAAUACCAAGCUACUGGUAUCAGUUCCGACACGAGUGGAUCUGGAACGUCGUGCGGGCCAGCUUCGCUUGUGCUGUCCACAUCCUCGGAGCUGUCUUAUAUCAGCUCGAGGCUUGUCGGGAUCCCAGCACGUGGCAGGUGUGUUUACCGGCGAAUUGGACUGCUUUGGUGAGGCUGUCGAUUCGAACGCUGAAGCAUUGGUCGGCGGAGUCUACUGAUCUAGAGGUUAUGGCGUCGACUCUUGAGAGGAUGUAUCAGGGUACAUGUCGGUUGGCUAAUGUUCGCCCGGAUCUUCAUCUGAUUUCAUUUAAUUGUUAA